AAGCGAAACACAUGGGUUAGAGAGAGAGAAACUCAGAGAGAUGCGAUAAUAAGACGAUGUCCACAGAAGAAAUGCAAGAUCCACAAUCUAACAAGAACAACCCAAUUUCCACCAUUCUCAAAUCCCGUUCAAUUCCUUCUCACAAUCCCAACGCCAUUAACGUGACUUCCUCUUCUGCUCUCAAGCACCGUUUAGCGCCGUUACCGCCAUUCGCCGGCGCCGCCACCUCCUCGUCUUCUUCCUCAUCGGCGGCAACUCACACAAUGCUCGGAAAUCCGAACCCUAACCCGGCCACGGCCGGCGUCUUCAGCAAGGGCGGGGGAGGCCACCGAAGGGCCCACUCGGAGGUCAGCUUCCGGCUGCCGGAGGACAUGAUGGAUCUGUCGCCGUCCGAUCCGUUCAACGUCGGAUCGUCAACAGCGAGCCUCGAGGAGAUCGGGUCUGAGGACGACCUCUUCUCGACCUACAUUGAUGUGGAUAAGCUCGGCGGGGCCGGAAACGGAGGGAGCUGCGCGGAUCAGAGCGGUGGUAAUGGCGUCAAUGGAGGCGAGGUUAAGGCCGAAGGUGGCGGGGGUGAGGGAGAGAAGAGUUGGAGUGGGAGGCCGAGGCACAGGCACAGCAGCUCCGUGGACGGCUCGUCGACGAGCGUGUUUGGAGAGAUUAUGGAUGCGAAGAAGGCUAUGCCUCCUGAUAAGCUUGCCGAGCUCUGGACCAUAGAUCCCAAGCGUGCCAAAAGGAUACUAGCAAAUAGGCAGUCUGCUGCUCGCUCGAAGGAGAGGAAGGCUCGCUAUAUACAAGAACUUGAGCGCAAAGUUCAGACUCUUCAAACAGAAGCGACCACUCUUUCUGCCCAGCUCACACUCUUCCAGAGAGAUACAACAGGUCUGAGUACAGAAAAUACAGAGCUUAAGCUUCGAUUACAAGCUAUGGAGCAACAAGCUCAGUUGCGUGAUGCUCUAAAUGAAGCGCUUAAGAAGGAAGUUGAGAGGCUCAAGAUUGCCACUGGGGAGAUGAUUAGCCCUUCUGAAUCCUUCAACUUAGGAAUGCACCAGAUGCCAUAUAACCCAUCCGGCUAUUUUUCACUUCAACAACAAGCAGGAUCUGGACACCAGAACAUGCAAAUGCCACCGUUCAAUCAUUCCCAGGCCAGCAUGUCAGCUCACCAUAUGCAACAAUCAAAUUCUCAUCCUCUGACAGACCUUUUGCAGAAUGAUCCUGUUGGUCGGUUGCAGGGCCUCGACAUCAGCAGCAAAGGAUCGUCUCUUGUGAAGACUGAAGGUCCCUCGAUCUCUGCUAGUGAAAGUAGUGCCACAUUUUGACGCAAACUGGCUGCUGAAACCUGCUGACUUGUCCAUGGCAUGCGAUCUGAUAAACUGUUCAUAGAUUGACAUCCAAUCAUUUAGAGAGGGUACUCUUAUUUAUUUUAUUUGUUUUGAAGGUUAAUUAUAAUUUUUUUUUAUUCUUAGAAUCAUUCUCCCAAAAAAGAAAAAAAAACCAAAAAAAAGGGUAGCUCUCUUAGGUGUUGUUGCGAUGUUGCCACCGGUCUUUGUUCAUUAUAGAAUUUUGUGUUCAUACCCAUUUGGAAAUGGCAUGCUUUGAUGAUGCCGUCGGUUGCUUUUGUAUCUUAAAUUAUUCCAUGGGAUGUAAAACCUUUGGACUGCUGUCGUUGUUCAGUUUUCUUGGAUUGGCUGAAGCUAGCUGGUUCCUUGUUCUUUGCUCAAAAAUUCUAAUUGCCUGUA